AUGUCCCGACAAGACGCCGAAAGUCCACCCUCGGCUUCCGAAUCGGCAUCUAAUGUAAAGUUCCCGAAGACGAAAGAGAGUCCGGCGAAUAUUGAGGUUCUGAAAGCGUGGCGGACAAUUACGUCGCAUCCUCAGUUUAAGGUCGGUGACGCCGAUGUCAACCACCUAUGUACGGAGUUCACGAAGAAGGCACGAUGUGACGGGACAAAGGUCGUUCUAGAGCCAGAGGGUGUACAUCAUAUCUUGGAGACGUUCAAAGCAAAAUCGUUGGCUCAGCAGCAACAGCAGCAGCAGCAGCAAACGUCUCCCAGUUCAUCGAACUAG